CUACACCCUAUCUGUCAAAUCAACCAUGACCACCGUUUGAGGCUCCAUAUAAUCUCCAGUCACCAUAGAAGGUGAAUGCGGAUUCGUUGUCGCUAUCGUGGUAAUUGCCGACGCUGCCAAGGCGGCAUUCCCCUUUCGAACACAACCUCGGUAAGUACACGGUGUAGGUACGUACCCCAGCUUUCUCCACAAGUCUCCACGGAUGGGCGACAGUGGCGCCGUGAAGAGCACCAGCCUAGGAAAUUUGCCCGUCGCGGCCCUUCACGGCUACGAGCUAGCGUCAGCACGUAACUCCGCUCUCCUUAAAGCUGCGCAGUCCCCGGCGAGCCCUUGAUCAGCAAUCUGCUCCGACUAGAGUCUGUUUCUACGAUGACUUUCCAUCCUCCAUCAUGGGUGCCGCAGCUCCCCUUUGACCCGCCCGACUCGAUCUCCAUCAGCGAUUUCAUGCUUGAGGAGCACUAUGGCCGACAUCCUCUUGGAUACUCCCACAAUCCGUUCACUUGCGGUGUGACAGGCAGGACAUACUCGAGCUUGGAGGUCAGAGAGCGUGUAGAUUACUUGGCACGAGGACUCGCAAAGGAACUUGGUUUCCACCCGAACAAGGGUUCCGAGUGGGACAAGGUCAUUGCCGUCUUCUCGGUCAACACUCUGGAUACCGUUCCAUUGGCAUGGGCCACACACCGCUUGGGUGGCAUCCAGACACCCGCAAACGCCGCGUACAGCGCCGCUGAGCUUGAGUACCAGCUGAAGAACUCGGGUGCGAAGGCGCUCUUCACUUGCGUCCCGCUGUUGGCAACUGCGCGGGAAGCAGCGAAGAAGUGCAACAUCCCGGAUAACCGCAUCUACAUACUGGAAGUACCCGAGCAACUCACUGGCGGCAAGGGUACUCCAAAUGGCAUGAAGACGGUGGACGACUUCAUUCGUGAAGGCAAGAAGCUAGAUCGUUUGGAGCCAUUGAAAUGGGAAUCUGGGCAUGGCGCAAAGAGAACUGCGUUCCUCUGCUAUUCCAGUGGCACCUCAGGACUGCCGAAAGGCGUUAAAAUCUCGCACCGAAAUGUUAUCGCAAACACCAUGCAAAUUGCUACCUUCGAAAAGCCAUACAGAGACAAAAUGAUCAAUGACCUACGGAACCAGUCUGAUUACACAGAGAGCGUUCUCGGUUUGCUACCAAUGUCACACAUCUACGGUCUUGUCGUUAUCUGUCACGCAAGCGUCUUCCGUGGGGAUGGCGUGAUUGUUCUUCCGAAGUUCGACUUUGCUGCCACAUUACAGGCGAUUCAGGACUACAAGAUCAACUCAUUAUUCUUGGUGCCACCGAUAAUAAUUUUGUUCACCAAGAACGCAAAGGUGCUCGCCAAGUACGAUCUUAGUUCCGUCUGGUCGCUAUUCACAGGCGCAGCACCCCUGGGCAAAGAGACUGCGGAUGACGUCCAAAAGAUCUUUCCGUCUUGGAAGAUCCGGCAAGGCUACGGUCUCACUGAAACAUGCACCGUUGUGUGCUCAUCGGCACCCGACGAUAUCUGGUUCGGCUCCUCUGGUUCGCUUCUCCCUGGCAUCGAAUGUAAGAUUGUAACGCCCGAGGGCGCCGACAUUACCGGCUAUGACCAGCCCGGUGAGCUGCUUGUCAAAUCGCCAGCUGUCGUCUUGGGCUACCUAAAUAACGAGAAGGCGAACGAGGAAACCUUCCAGGGUGGGUAUAUGCGAACGGGAGAUGAAGCAGUGAUCAGGAAAGCUCCAUCAGGCAAUGAACACGUCUUCAUCGUGGACCGAAUAAAGGAGUUGAUCAAGGUUCAGGGACAUCAAGUCGCACCCGCAGAGCUCGAGGCGCAUCUCCUCACCCACCCGGCAGUUAAUGACUGUGCUGUGAUCCAAAUCCCUAAUGAGAAGACGGGAGAGGUACCUAAAGCUUUCGUCGUCAAAUCGCCAUCAAUAGGUCUCGAAGAAAACGACCGGGUCAUCGCUCGCGAGAUCCAGAAGCAUGUUGAGCAACACAAAGCGCGGUAUAAGUGGAUUUCCGGUGGCAUCGAGUUCGUCGAUGAGAUUCCAAAGUCGCCUGCGGGCAAAAUCUUGAGACGGCUGCUGAGGGACAAGGAAAAGGAGAAGAGGAGACAGGCAGGAAGCAAGUUCGUCAAAAAUUGCGCGAUGGCGGUCCCGAAUCAGAACCAGCCCCACCAUGAGGAGGACGACAUCGACUACCAUGACGAAGACAACACACUAGACGCAGAUGAGGCGGAAGAGAUUGUAGAAGACGAUGGCGAUGUCCCCAUGGACUCAGACGACGAGGGCGAGGAAGGCGAGCAGGACAUCCAGAUGGAGAUCAACCUACAAAACGACUCGAUCGCACACUUUGAUGAGCACAAGGACAGCAUCUUCUGCAUAGCGCAACAUCCUGUACAUCAAGAAAUCAUAGCGACUGGCGGAGGCGACGACACGGGCUAUAUUAUCGAUGUUUCCUCGGCUGCAGCGGCGCAACCAAACAACGGCGCGGAACCGACAGAGAGGGAGGGCUUGAAGAGCUUGUUCAAGCUGGACGGUCAUAAGGACUCUAUCAACGCCAUCACCUUCACAGAGCCGAAAGGACAAUUCGUCGCCACAGCUGGUUUGGACGGCAAAUUACGCGUCUGGCAGGGCAUUCCCGACGGCACAAAGUGGAAGUUUCUUGCCGAAGCACAAGAAGUGGAAGAGAUCAACUGGCUCAUCCCCAAUCCCUCACCGGAGCAUCCCAACGUCGUCGCGCUCGGAGCCAAUGACGGCUCAGUCUGGGUUUACCAACUCAGCACAGAUAAAGGCGCCGAAGUCCAAGUUCUACAAGCAUACUACCUCCAUACCGAAACCUGCACAGGCGGUGCAUGGUCGCCUGAUGGCUCUCUCUUAGCCACCAUCUCGGAAGACUCGAGUCUUUACGUCUGGGACGUAUUCGGCGAUGCAGCAUCACAAGGUCUCACAUCCACAUCCGAUUCGCAAACUGUCGUCGGCCUCAAUGGCAUCGACGAGCGUUUCCGAGUCGAGGGCGGCUUAUACUCUGUCGGCAUCGCGCCAUCGGGCGCUUUUGUCGCAGUCGGUGGUCCCGAAGGCCAAGUUCGCAUCAUCGGUCUGCCGCGCCUAUCCAUCGCUGCAUCCGCACAAGCCUCGACAUCGUCAGGUGGCGGCGGCGCAAAGAACAAGGCGGGCGGCGGGAAACAGGUCGCUGCGAAAGGUAGUGCAUCAUCAGCAGGCCAGACAGGUCAAAUUCUCGCGAGUCUGCAAGCAGGCAGCGACAACGUCGAAUGCAUAAGUUUCUCCUCUCCACCACUGACGCUCAUGGCCGCGGGUAACGUCGAUGGGUCAAUAACGCUGUUCGACACCGCACAUCGCUUUGCCGUGCGCCGGAGAAUCGAAGACGCACACUCGGACGAGGAAAUGCCACAGGCUGUUGUCAAGCUCGACUUCGUAAAGCAGGAGGGUGCAGGAGGGUGGCUGUUGACCAGUGUAGGUUACGAUGGUGUGUUGAGAAGAUGGGAUACGCGAGGUGGAACUGCGGCGGCGGGCAAGGGUCUCGUGGGCGAGUGGAAGGGCCACAGAGGAGGUGGUGAGGGCGGAGGCAUCAUGGCGUUUGUGCAAGGCAAUGGGGAGGCAGUUGUCACGGCUGGUGAUGACCACGUUGCGCUAGUGUUCAAGACACCACUAUCACAAUAGAUCUAGAGGAGUUGAGUAGGAUGAAGAGAGACGACUCAGCUGAAAACACCUGAGAUUUUCAAGGAAUGUCUUACUCAUAAUUCAGGGGCUCCAGCCUACUAAACAUGGUGAGCUGUCUGCGGCACUUGUUCGGCAGAUUACUGCUUAUCGUUUGUAAUGUCCUCGUGUUUGACUCGUGAAAUCGAGACAGUUGGAGACAAAUCGUCCUAAACCGCCACCACAAUGAAACUGGUAGCACCAGACAUUGAGCAUGGUUUACAACGAAGCUCGUUCCUGUAAAUAAGAUAUACUAGGUACCUAUCCGGCCUAAACUGCUUACAGCCU